AUGCAUCACGAAGAUUGCCAAGGUGGGUCUACGAGUCGAUGUGGCAGCAGCAAGAGCAGCACCCAGAGGAGAAGCAGCAAGGCCAACAGCAGUGGCGGCAUCAUCGGUGAGAAGAAGGGCACGGAGCAGGAGGAGGAGCCGGCUUAUCUGAAAGCAUGGCCGGGGGGGGUCAAUCUGCUUGCAUGUCUGCGAGAGAUGUUGUUGGGGGAGCCGUGCUACCACCCUGCCUCCCCUGCUGCCCCUUCCGCCCCUACUGCCCCUUCCAUCCCUGCUGCAUCUUCAGGAGACUCUCCCACACAACACCUUUGUCAGAUGCUGCAAUUCCUGUCUCUGCACCAAUCGUUGCUGCAGCAGCCGUUCAAGCAAAACCCACUUCUUAUGCCGAAGGCUCUGGCAGGCCUGAAUUGCUCAUGUGCAAAGAGGUACUCAUACCCGGCCUUCACCAUUGGCCAUCACCGUCAACGUCCACUCACCACUGCUUGUAUAUAUGGGUGA